GUGGGCGUCUGGCGUCAGGUUGAUCUUGACGAUGCGGGCCAGGUCGAGGUAGUUGGAUCGUUGGCAGUCGACCAUUGGGGAAGGUUGUCUCGACGUGUGUCUGACCUGCGAUGAGGGUCAGGUCAGCACCAAACACUGCACCACAGGGCAGGCAAUGUAAAUAAGAAUGUGGUGAGCAUCGCACAAGCAUUCGUCUUAUCGACUGACCUCAGCUCAUCUCGGCACUGUUGUUGCCUAUCCACUGCAGUGCUGCUUGGUGUACCUCGCAGGAUGCAGGCGAGAAGGUCGACGUUGAACGGGUAGAGCAGCUCGCUCAGGAGAGAGGACGAGACACAAUCAUACGCAGCCUGAAGUAAGUGAAGGACAUCGACACACGCAGCAAAGUGCCGCUUCCAUGGGUAUGUCCUCGUCAGAUGCCUGUGGGUACCUGCUCCUCGUCAGAUGGAUGGGUGCGCGCAAGUCUGCUACGGGUCUUGAAAUCAUAGUCGAGCUCCUGCUUGCGACGUGCGAUAGCCGUCACACUGUGGGUGUGAUGCGGCACGCCUGGAGGACACUUGGGCAGCUUGUUGGCGUCAGGCGGAGCAACCUCUGAGUGAAGGAAAGGGAGAAGUGAACAUACCAUUCAUUUUUAUUCAUUCAUUCAUUCAUCCGUUCAUCCAUCUCACCGGGUGCUUCCUCCUCCUCGAUGGGCGGCUCGUCCUCAUCGUCAGCAAGUGGGUUGACAUUCAGUGGCGAAAUGCUGCCCCUCCCUCGCCGUGCCUGCUGGCGGCCGUCGUCCACCUCCUCCUCCAUAUCAUCAUCAUGCUGGGCGUGCUAGUUGGGCACGUCGACGCCGACACGACGAUGUGUGCUCUGACAAGUCGACGUCAUGGUCGUCCACCGCACGCUCCGUGACGACAAGUUGCAGUGAAUGACAGAAGUGAUAGUGAAAGAGCUGUCAAUCAGUGCUGACCUUUCUGCUCGGCCUUCUCAGCGCCUGAGUGAGAGGCAGAAACACGGACGAGUGAAUGGAUGGUGUGCUUUGCCAUUGUUGCUUCUCUCUUACCCUCUGAUUUGCUGCGCACUUUGCCGCCUUCCUUCCUUUCGGUGUUUGUAUGUGCCGCCGAAAAAGGGGCGCGCUGCAAUCCAAGCCGA